CGGUAAGAAAAUAAUAACGUCGAGGAUAGAGGAGUAGGUGCAUAAGAAGUUAUGUUGGAAGGACAAGCGAUCGCGCAACUCGAUGCGCGCAUUGUGACGCGGGAAAAUUCUAAACAAAGCUAAAACUAUUAAUUUGUUUUAGGAAUAGAACAGAAACGAUUGACGUGACGUGGAGUUACAAGUUUGAUAAAUGUAUGAAGAAAUGCCCGGGGGAUUUUUUUUUUAUAUCAAGAUUGUUGCGAGGCAGACACUCUGGCAUCAGACACGCCUAUCGGAUUUAGCGUGUAAUUAACUUUUGGGUGCACUACUUUUAGUUGAGAAUUUUUGGCUGGUAUGUCCGCCAAGACUUGAAGAGCUAGAGACAUAGAUGCAAGACUCGGUGACCUAGUGACCUUCCUCCCGUGGAGGAAUGCAGUUCUUGAUACACGAGUAUAAGACGAAUUGAACAUGUCCACGUGUCAGAAUAAACUGUGUAAAUAAAUUCAGUAGGUCUUGAUAACGGGAUUUAAUAUAAAAAAUUUAACCAAGUUUCACGGAAUCAACUCCAUAGUCCAGACACGCAUUCAUCAACAGAAGAUAGCGCGAGAUGAAUAAAAAGGAAAUUAGCGAUUUAAAAUAAAAUACCAGAAGCACGACCUUUAACUCGAAAUAAUCGGGUCCGAUCUCCGAUCUUGAAUCUCGAUUCCAUUCCUCCUGUCGAUUACAGAUAAGACAUCACCUUACAUCGUGUUCACUCAUACGCUCCCCACUCAUGCAUUACACGUGUGUGUACCACCGUCUAGAUAGCCAUGGUCAUGGAUAUAUAAUAGAGAGGGAAUAUUAUUUAAUGUAAACUUCAUUUAAAUUUAUAAAAAUAUUUUUCUUCAUUUGUUUUCAAUGGCCGGCUCUUAGAUUCUGACGUUUUAUUUCUUUAGAAAAAUUUUUCAAUAAAUCUAAAGUAAAAUAAAAAAUCAAAAAGUCUUAAUAAAAAAUUAGUUUGUAAAAAAUAGGAAUUGCAAUUAAAUUUUGGUAAAUAAAUAAAAUCUGACAUUUAACGAUAAUGGCGACAGUGGAGCUACUGAACACACCGCAGCCGCAUUUGAUACCGGGGUAUACGGGCUGUUGCCCGCAGUAUCGGUACAGGUGUGGAGAAACUUAUGGCAGCUUGACUCAUAAACUUCUGGUUGAUCCGACUAUCAAUCGCUCGGAGAGAUUGAUUUUGUCUAAUAAAGUCAAGGAUGAUUACGAGGUCCUGCGACCUCCCAAAGAUGACAUAGACAUAGUAAAUGCCCGCAGCAGGCGCAGAGACGUUAUUUAUACGCAUCCGAUGAUACCCGGGUAUCAAGGAUUCAUGCCUAAUUUGAAUGCGCGGCUUGGCCAUCGGUACAGCGUGAUUGCUUCUGAGGGACUCGCGGACUUCGAGAGACAGCAGAUGAAAAGUAGAGCUGCUCUCAAUCAUCUGAGGAAAGUCAGAGCGCUGCAUGACGGCUAUGGCGAGCCACGGAGUCUCGAUGAUCGACAACUCCUGAGAAGCGAAUACAAAAUGCCGCUGGUUACUGUCAGGCCUGAUUAUGCAAUGAUGAUGAGAAAUUUGCCUGUUGACGAGGCCUAUCAAGUACCUAGAGAUCAUUCACCUUCUCCAUUUUUUAUGGAAAAUUCAGAUCCUGAUAAAUAUUUUGUCUCUGGAUACACGGGGCAUAUUCCGUACGGAUAUUCGCAUUUCGGGUCGAGCCAUGUGCCAAUGACGAACAGCGCUCUGUGCGAUUUUACCACUAAUUAUCGAAUGCGUCAGAGCACUGAAUGGGCACCAGCCACAAUUUCCCGUCGAGAUCCACCUUAUCACAUUCACCCGGCGGAAAUAUAUCACAAGCAUGUUGGCCUUAUUCCAAAUUAUCUUGGUCAUGUACCCGGUGCUGCUUAUAGGUAUGGAAAAACAUUCGGAGCAGACACUAAAGACGCUAAACGGUGGUUAAGAGGAGACUUUUCUAUUUAAUCUUUAUAAAAUAUUUUUAGAAAAAUAUACAAACAUUACUUACAUAAUAUA